AUGUCAGCCAACAUCAGCCACUCAGCAGCAGCUUAUGCAGAGACAAGGGACCGUAUUUCAGCAAGUGAGAUGGAUCAGUCCUUGGACAGCUAUGAUAUGGACUAUGGCAUCCCUCCUGAUGAGAUCCCAGAUACCACCCAGGGCCAGGCCUUCUUUGUGGCCACUAUUGUUAUUGGUGUGGUCCUUGCCUGUAUUAUGCUCAUCUGUGGCCUGGGAAACUUCCUGUUUAUCGCCACACUGGCACGGUACAAAAAGCUCCGCAACCUCACCAACCUGCUCAUUGCUAACCUGGCCAUCUCAGACUUCAUUGUGGCAGUGGUGUGCUGUCCAUUCUUGGUGGAUUACUAUGUGGUGAAAAAGCUUUCCUGGGAUCACGGGUGGGUGCUGUGCGCCUCUGUCAACUACCUCAGGACUGUGUCACUCUAUGUGUCCACAAACGCCCUGCUGGCCAUUGCUGUUGACAGGUAUAUGGCCAUAGUCCAUCCUCUUAGGCCUCGUAUGAAGUAUCAAACUGCCUACUGCUUGAUCACAGGCGUCUGGAUUGUGCCCAUCCUGAUCUCAAUUCCCUCUGCCUACUUUGCCUCUGAGACCAUGUACCCUCAUGGUGGCACUACCCCAACCACUCACAAGGUCUUCUGUGCACAGAUCUGGCCUGUGGACCAGCAAGUCUACUAUCGCUCCUACUUCUUAUUUGUUUUUGCUGUGGAAUUUGUUGGCCCUGUGAUUGUCAUGGCAAUGUCUUAUGCCCGGAUCUCUCGUGAGCUCUGGUUCAAGAACGUUCCAGGUUUCCAGACCGAACAGAUUAGGAAGCGGCUGCGCUGCCGACGGAAAACAGUGAUGGUCCUGAUUGGGAUUUUGACAGCAUACAUCCUCUGCUGGGCACCAUAUUAUGGCUUCACCAUCCUGCGCGACUUCCAUCCAACUCUCAUCUCCCGCCAGAAGAACUCACUGGUUGCUUUCUACAUUAUUGAGUGCAUUGCAAUGAGUAACAGCAUGAUCAAUACCUUCUGCUUUGUUAGCGUCAAGAAUACCACAGUCAAGCACUUCUCUUCGGUAAACCUGAAGAGGAUUGUACUACUGCGUUGGAAGUCCAAAUAUGCUUCCAGUAAGACUGUGGAUGAAACAGACAUUAGGACCUCGUCCAUGCCUGUAACAGAGGAGGUUGAGUGCAUUCGCCUGAGGUGA